AUGGGGUCCAUCGGGCCUAUCACCGAAGUCGCUAGGUCAGAGCCGGACAUGCGUUUCAAACAUUUGAUACAGCUCCCAGUCGAAUUGUGGGAGAAAGUGAUUGAUUGCGUCGCGGACGAUUGGAUGGGCGCCUAUAGGGAUAACGAGGUAUAUGAAGCCCGAUUACUAACACUGGGAAGAGUGUGUAGAGGGUGGUAUUCUCGUUGCCGAUUUCGUGCCCAGGAGAGGCUUGAUGUGAGGGACACGGAUAAAAGCCAGGUGUACCGCCUGAUCAAAGUACUGAACAAGCACCCCGAGCGGUGCCGCCCCAUCAAAGCAGUCUCGUUCGAUUGGUGGAACGAGUCGGUUGCCGUCUUUGGGACGUUUGCUAUAUGCAUGGCACAGAAAUUGCCUCGAGUCGAACUACUCAGAUUCGAAAAUGGUGUGUGGGUGGUUGGGCAGCUGCACACGCAGAUCUUCCUCCAUGUGACCCUCGCAUUUGGGUCGGUGACCAUCCUCGAUUUCUUCUCGGUAAAAUUCCCUUCUGCGGUUGUGUUUGGGCGACUUGUUCGUGCGCUCCCCCGCCUCGCCUCCCUUUAUUGCCAUCAAGUGCACUUCGAGAAGCGCUGUGAUGUGGCCAGCACUGUUUGGGUGCGACAUCCCCUCAGACUCGACACCGUCGAUCUGCAUAAUAGCAAUGAUGUCAUAGAUUUCCUGGCGUCGAGCGACGCACACGUCCGCCAUCUCUCCUCCCGUAAUGAUGCCCUGGAGAAGUGCUCCAAGCUACUCCCUGUGGUUGCCGAAUCGCUCUUGUCCCUGCGCAUCGCGCUAGAGCGUUAUUUUGGCUCUCCUACUGAUGCUCGUCCCUCAGACUUUCAGAUCGAUCUCACGCCGGCCGUCCGCUUGCAGGCCCUGUCAUUUAAUCUUCGCCUUGAAGACAUGAUCAGAGCGGCAAACAUCUUGUCUCGCGCGUCUCUUCCAAAGUUGAUCGAAGUCAAGUUCAAUUCGUUGCUCUAUGAUGCCAAGUCUCCGCUUGUCCAGGACGCUCUUGACAACGUCGAUAAUAAUUGCUAUGCGUUAAUGGACCAAGCUCUCUCCGGCCGUCGAUAUCCUGCUCUACAAAGCGCCGUCUUUCAUCUUCACUUUUGUGUUCGACGUAGCAGUGUGAAGGAGGUGAUGCCCAAGGACUCCUGGGAGAGUCAGCUUUCGUCGAGGUUUCCUUCAUUGCAUGCUAGUGGACGGCUUGUGUGA